AUGCUCAGAUCAUCAGCUCGAUUCUCCCUGACUCUCUCGGCACUAAAGUCAGAUUCUAUCGCCGGAAAGAACCUCUACGCCGUCUUCCGCUUACACAACUUGCCCUACUUGGUCACUAAAGGUGAUAAAGUCAUCUUACCCUUCAAAAUGAAAAAUGUCAAUGUCGGCGAUAAACUUAAUUUGACCGAUGUCAUAACCUUGGGAUCUCCUCAUUAUACAUACACUCAAAAGGAAGGUAUCAGCGAGCAAUUGUUCAAAUUGACAGCUAACGUCACAGAAGUCACAAGAGAACCCUAUUAUGAAGUGAUUAAGACAAGACCAAGAUGCAGAAGAAAGAAGAUCGUUCCCGUACAACCCUUUCAAACGGUUUUGACCAUUGAUACAUUGAAGUUAGCCUAA